GCGCGUGUUGCCAUAUCGCUCUCGCUCUUGAAGCGCUGCUUCGCUCGUGCGCCUCUGCAACCCUUAUCGUUAAAUAAUAUAGAUAUCUUUAUUUCGCGCCACCGCAAAUGAUUUAUUUUCCCAUAAUCAGUUAUAUAAACUAGUUUCGACUCCUGACAUCUGUGUGCACUCUGUGUUUGGGGGGUUUAUUGUUGUCUAUUGCACGGGACGAAGAAAGACCAGGACUCUGCUUGGACAUUCUCCUUCCACUGACUUCUCACCAGGACACUCGAUCGCCUCUGAGGUAGAACGUCGAGGAGAAUCCAGUGGAGACUGUCUUUCAUUCGCCCGGCAUGAGGCAGCAUGUGUUUACUCUCAAUUUAGCACAGAUUCUGUAGUUCAGUGACACGGCAUGAAAAAGGUUAUGAGCACCUGUAGAGAUUGGUGAUCCAGGAGUCUGAGACGAGCCAAUGAGAGGAUGGCCAGAGGUCACAUGAUCUGCAAAACCACCAUCCAGCUGGUUCUGCCGAUGCUGCUGAGUGUGUUGCCGCUCACACACACUCAAAAUCCACCUCGUUUCACCCGGACACCCACUGAUCAAAUAGGCGUACAGGGCGGCGUGGCCUCCUUCGUGUGCCAGGCGACAGGAGACCCACAGCCCAAGAUCACUUGGAGCAGGAAGGGCAAAAAAGUCAUCAACCAGAGAUUUGAGAUGAUUGAGUUUGAAGACGGCUCUGGCUCAGUCUUACGUGUGCAGCCACUGCGGACCCCACGUGACGAGGCUAUAUAUGAGUGUGUGGCGUCUAACGAGGCCGGAGAGAUCAGCGCCUCCACCCGCCUCAUGGUGCUGCGAGAGGACCAGCUUCCUCCCGGCUUUCCGUCCAUAGACAUGGGUCCUCAGCUCAAGGUGGUGGAACGUUCUCGCACAGCCACCAUGCUGUGUGCAGCCAGCGGCACUCCUGACCCAGAGAUCACCUGGUUUAAGGACUUCCUUCCCAUCAACACACACACUCACGGACGCAUCAAACAGCUGCGCUCAGAGUCCUUCGGGGGUACACCAAUCCGAGGUGCACUGCAGAUUGAUCGCAGUGAAGAAACCGAUCAAGGGAAAUACGAGUGCGUGGCUACGAAUAGCGAAGGGACUCGUUACUCAACAUCCGCUAACCUCUACGUCAGAGAGCUGAGAGAUGUGCGCCGGGUCCCUCCGCGCUUCUCUGUGCCGCCCAUGGAUUACGAAGUCAUGCCUGGAGGAGGGGUGAACAUCACGUGCGUGGCGGUGGGCGUCCCCAUGCCGUACGUGAAGUGGAUGCUUGGAACGGAAGACCUGACCCCAGAGGAUGACAUGCCCAUCGGAAAGAACGUGCUGGAGCUCACGGACGUGCGACAGUCAGCCAAUUACACCUGUGUGGCCAUGUCCACUCUGGGUGUCAUUGAAACUGUCACACAGAUCACAGUCAAAGCCCUUCCAAAUCCUCCAGGAGCUCCGGUUGUCAUGGAGCGUUCAGCCACCAGCAUAACCUUGAUGUGGGACAGUGGGAACCCGCUUCCUGUUUCCUAUUACGUCAUCCAGCACCGCCCCACUUCCUCCCAUGACCCUUUUAAAGAGAUUGACGCCGUGGCGACAACACGGUACAGCGUCGGUGGCCUCAGCCCCUACUCGUACUAUCACUUCCAGGUCAUAGCGGUCAAUUCCAUCGGCCGCAGUCCUCCGAGUCCUACCGUGGAAGCUCGAACAGCAGAGCAAGCCCCAAGUUCUGCGCCGCGGAGAGUCAGAGGACGAAUGCUCAGCGUGUCCACGGCAAUGGUGCAGUGGGAGGAGCCAGAGGAGGCAAACGGACAGGUGGUUGGCUACCGGGUUUACUAUACGUCUGAUCCAUCGCUGCAAGUCAACCAGUGGGAAAAGGAGAUCGUUCGUGGAGCAAAUUUCCUCACAAUACAGGAUCUAACACCAAACAAGACCUAUUACAUUAGAGUCCUGGCUUUUACUGCAGUGGGAGAUGGUCCUCUCUCCAGCGACCUGCACAUCAUUGCCAAAACCGGAGUUCCUUCUCAGCCCACAGAGCUGAAAGCAGAGGUGAAGUCAGAGACGAGCGUACUGCUCUCCUGGCUUCCUCCAGCUCACAGCGGCACCGACGCCAUCAUCGGAUACGAACUCAUAUACAGGCUCGGAGACCAGCCUGAGCAGAAGAUCGUGUUCGACCCCAGCGCCAGCUACGUGCUAAAGAAUCUGAAGCCCUUCUCCACCUACACCUUUCAGUUAGCAGCACGUAGUAAACACGGCGUGGGAGCCUUCACCAGCGAGCUCAGCAUACAGACUCCUCAAACCUUGUUUGCUGUGAACUUCCAUGUGAAAGCUGCUAUGAAGAGUUCAGUAUGGCUUGCCUGGGAACCACGAACCUCACAGAACAAACCUUCGACUUUUAUUAUCUCAUACGGCGACGGUCGCAAAUUGGAGGUAGACGGGCGUCUCGGUCUGCAGCGCGUCGCCGAGUUAAAGCCGCAGUCACUCUACACGUUCCUCCUGAGUAAUAAAGCGGACGGCAAAGAGGGGCUACAGCACCGCUCCGACGCCAUGACCGCUCCGAACCUGCUACCUAGAAAACCUCAGCUAGUGGAGAAGAGCAGCUCCGAGAGCACUGCUACGCUGCAGCUGCCCUCCGUGCAUACACACACCCCUGUCAGGGGUUUCUACAUCAUUGUUGUCCCACUGAGGAGGCAGAGAGGAGGAAACUUCCAGAAUCCUUGGAGUGACCCGGAUGAAAUGAACCUAGAUGAGCUCCUACGGACGAUCAACGGGACGAGCCGAUCGGUACGCUUACGGAGGCAGGCAGAGCCGAAGCCAUACAUCAGCGCUUACUUCCAGAGUCUUCCGUCCGAGUUUAAGCUGGGAGACGGCCGCGUGUACGGAGUGUUUCUGAACCGCCAGCUUCUCAAUGGGCAGGAGUAUGUCUGCUUCGUGCUGGCCAUUUUAGAGCUUGGACAGAAUACCGUGUACUCAACCAGCCCAUUUUCGGACCCCGUGGUAUUUACGGACUUGGAGCCUCAGCCUAUCGUGGAUGAGGAGGAGGGGCUGCUUUGGGUUGUGGGGCCCGUACUGGCUGUGAUCUUCAUCAUCAGCAUAGUCAUCCUCAUCCUGCUGUUUAAGAGCAAACCAGACAGGAAGCGGGCAGAAUUAGAGGGCAGAAAGUGCAGCUUCCCAAGUAGCGGCAAAGCGAUGAGCUCCCAGCAUCCAUCAGACCCCGUGGAGCUCCGCAGAAUCAACUUCCCAACACCUGGUUUGCGUUCCUCCGGUUAUCGUCGUUUACAAAGUAUGACCGAUCAUCCUCCGGUUUCUAUCUCAGAACUGCCCAGUUACAUAGAGAGAAAAAAAGCCAACGAGAGCCUGAAGUUCUCUCAGGAGUACGAGUCUAUUGACCCUGGGCAGCAGUUCUCUUGGGAGCACUCAAACCUGGACAUUAAUAAACCAAAGAACCGUUAUGCAAAUGUCAUCGCCUACGAUCACACCAGAGUAGUGCUGUCUAACAGUGAUGGUCAGCCAGGCGGCGACUACAUCAAUGCCAAUUUUAUAGAUGGGUAUCGGAGACAAGGUGCCUAUGUGGCCUCACAGGGGCCCAUGCCAGAUACCAUCAGUGACUUCUGGAGGAUGGUGUGGGAGCAGCACACGGCUAACAUCAUCAUGAUCACCAAACUGGAGGAGAAAUCAAGGAAUAAGUGUGAUCAGUAUUGGCCCAGUCGAGGCACAGAGACUUACGGACUCAUGCAGGUCUCUGUGUUAGACACCGUAGAGCUUGCAGCUUACUGCGUCAGGACCUUUGCACUCUUUAAGCGUGGCAGCAGCGAGAAGCGGGAGGUCCGUCAGUUCCAGUUCACAGCAUGGCCAGAUCACGGUGUACCUGAACACCCCACUCCCUUUUUGGCUUUCCUGCGAAGAGUCAAAGCCUGUAAUCCUCCAGACGCCGGGCCAAUCGUAGUGCACUGCAGCGCGGGUGUGGGACGUACCGGCUGCUUCAUCGUGAUCGACGCCAUGCUGGAGCGCGUGAAGCAGGAGAAGACCGUCGACGUGUACGGUCACGUGACGCUGAUGCGCUCUCAGAGGAACUACAUGGUGCAGACGGUAGAGCAGUACGUGUUCAUAUACGACGCACUGCUGGAGGCCGUCACCUGCGGCAACACCGAGGUGCCUGCACGCAACCUCUACGCUUACAUCCAGAGACUGAAACAGGCCGAGCCGCCCGACAACAUCAGCGCCAUGGAGCACGAGUUUAAAAGGUUAGCCAAUGCCAGGGCACACAACUCCCGCUUUGUGAGUGCCAACCUGCCCUGUAACAAGUUUAAAAACAGGCUGGUGAACAUCAUGCCGUACGAGAGCACACGUGUGGGCCUGCAGCUGAUCCGAGGUGUGGAGGGCUCGGACUACGUCAACGCCAGCUUUAUAGACGGUUAUAGGCAACAGAGGGCGUAUAUCGCCACUCAGGGUCCUCUGGCUGAGACAGCCGAAGAUUACUGGAGAAUGUUGUGGGAACACAACUCAACUAUUGUAGUGAUGCUCACUAAACUUAGAGAGAUGGGAAGGGAGAAGUGCCACCAGUACUGGCCAUCAGAGAGAUCAGCACGCUAUCAGUACUUUGUGGUGGACCCCAUGGCUGAGUACAACAUGCCGCAGUACAUCCUACGAGAAUUUAAAGUGACCGAUGCCAGGGACGGCCAGUCCCGCACUAUUCGCCAGUUCCAGUUCACCGAUUGGCCAGAACAGGGCGUGCCAAAGUCUGGUGAAGGCUUCAUAGAUUUCAUUGGCCAAGUACACAAGACAAAAGAGCAGUUCGGUCAAGACGGACCAAUCACAGUACAUUGCAGUGCUGGUGUUGGGAGGACAGGUGUCUUUAUCACUUUGAGCAUCGUGUUGGAGAGGAUGCGUUAUGAAGGAGUGGUCGACAUCUUCCAAACUGUCAAAAUGCUGCGAACUCAGAGACCAGCCAUGGUGCAGACAGAGGAACAAUACCAGUUUUGCUACCAUGCAGCACUGGAGUACUUGGGCAGUUUCGAUCACUAUGCAACAUAAAGCGUCUCAGUUUCUCUGGACCAGCAGGACAUUUCCUCUGAUUUCUGUGUCUCCCAGCGCAGCUGUCUUUACACUGUCUGUACCGAGUGUGCUGUUGAGCCGCCCGUUCUUGGCUCCGGAAACGUAAGCUAGCGCUGAAUUGAUUCAGAGGUCACGUUUAGUUCUGUUCAGUUCAGGGCUAUCUUAAGAUCAUCUUAAAAUAAUCACCACCAACAGAAUAUUAAAUCCAGCACCUGGGAGACGAGCGGUCCAACGUUUCAUUUGGAUUGUGUUUUAGAUUAAACUGUAACACUGAUUAGUUACCAACACACACACACACACACACACACACAGGUAGAGUGGACCACUAGCAAUCAUGACUUUUCUCAAAAGGCUGUGCAAUACUGAAUAUGUCUGCACUUUGGAUUUAACUUGAAAGCACACACAAUAAUCCACUGUAAUUUUAUGGCCUGUUAAGUAUUUAAAAAAACAAACAAAAAAAAUGGUAUACCGACAGUAUUCAUAUAUGUUUGUGAUGGUCUGGGAAAAUAUGUUUGUGAUGGCCUGCGAUUGCUGGAUUCUGGAAAGCGUUCAGUUUUUGUCUUCUGAACUUGACAUGGCGUCUCCCUGCAAAACACAGCAGUGAACUCAGUCAGCCGGAAAUCCUUAAACCCUUCUAGAUAAAAGUGUUUUCCUCACACGAUGUGAACGUAACGUGCACGUCAAUCAAGUUGUGUCAUAACAAAACGGCUGUAAGUGUUUUAUUCCUCUUAUACCACAGUUUUGCAAAUGCUAAUGAUCAGAUUUAUUUCAUAUUUUAUUUAUUUUUUUAAACGAACCCAUCAUACUUUAUAACCGUUAAUGACAUUUAAUUUGUUUUUUGUUUUUCUAGAACACGUUCGAUGUAAUUAACAGACCAAAUAUAUUAGGUGUUAAUUUUUAAAGAACAAUAGUUUAUGCUUUAGCAGCAUUCCUUCACUAAUGACAUUCUCUCUCUCUCUCUCUCUCUCUCUCUCUCUCUCUCUCUCUCUCUCUCUCAUAUUUCUUUCACCUCUCUCUCUCUCACACACCUCUUUUCUCUUUCAUUCUCUCACCUCUCUCUCUCUCUCUCUCUCUCUCUCUCUCUCUCUCUCUCUCUCUCUCUCUCUCUCUCUCUCUAACUCACUCUCUCCUGAAAUUAAUAUACCCAGUAAAACCCGCAUCUUCUCAUGUAAAGGAACCGCUUUGCCUCUGACUGUUACAAAGCACUAACACUAAAGUGCUUCUGAAUCAACUCCAGGUCUCCUCACCGUUCAAACGCGUACACACAACUGUGUGAUGUGCUUGCUGUAGGAAGAGAUCAAGUACUACUUUAAAAAAAAAUAAAACCUGGCUGAGCUGCUGCUGCUGCUGAAAAUGAAUCAACACCGUCUGAGCGAUUGCAUUCAAGAUACCUACAGCCCUGUGCUAUCAACUUCAGUAAUAUUAAUAAUCAGACAUUUCACUUUAGAUUCCAGAGCUAAAGAUCUUAGCCAUGUAAAGGGAUUUCCCAGGCCGACCACACAGAUAGCGACACAGUUACGCUUUGGACGUUGUUCGACUACGAAGCGUCAGUGAACACACAUUGAAAAGAAAAGAAAAGAAAAAAAAAAAGGCAAAAAGAAAAACCUGAGAUGAGCAGCGACACCAAGUCUUAAAGUUCACCUUAAAAAAAAACAAAAGAAAAACUCUCCACGGUGAUGUUACAGUGACACAGAUGAUCGUUUCGACAGUAGUAGUGCCUUAUCAUGAUUUUCGAUAGUUUGCUUUUGUUCCACUUCUGUGAACGUACCUGUGUUUUAGGUUGUAGACACUUUUGAUAAACUAGGAUUAAACAUGUGCCACACCAAAAUUUUAAUAUCACUUUGGAUUAUACAAGUAUAUAUAAAUAUAUAUAAUAGUCUCUCUCACGAAACACCGUCAUGAUUUUUACGAAGCCAUAUCGAUGAGAAAUUGAUGCUGCCAAGGCCUUUAGGAAUUGUUACUACAUAAAAAAAGUGUAUGCAUGCACAUUUUUGGAUGGAUAUAAUAUAUUUGACCUAAAUCAUGAAUUUUUUAUAUUAUUAGUCAUCAAAUGGAACUUAUAUCAGUUUACUAAAUAUGACACUAAAUCUCUCUUCUUUUUUUUUGUUUUACUUUUUUUUUUAAAUUGUAAUUAUCCUACUUAUCUUGCCUCUUGGAGAGCAUGCAGUGUUUGACAUCUUUAUCUAGUUUUAAGGAUUUUUUUUCCUGGAUAUAUGAAAGUAUUUUAUAUCAUACGAUAUGUUAUACUGUACGAUAAUUCGCACAAUAAACGUAAAGAAAAAGGGAAAGAAAAAAAAACACAAGUUGAACACUCGAGCCACAAACAUGUGCUGGUUGUUUUACACCCAGUGCUCAGUUUACUGAAUAUUCGACUUUUUAUUUAUUUAUUUAUAUUUUUUUGCCAUGAAAGCACUACGUCAUCCCAGGAAUGUAACCAGGUGUUGAGAUGUGUUAAUGGUCUUUGUGUGUGUGUGUGUGUGUGUGUGUGUGUGUGUGUGUGUGUGUGUGUGUGUGUGUGUGUGGAUGACCCCAUGAGGGAACAAUACACACUCUCGCUCUAUGCACUAACCGUCGUUCUCGAGUACGGAGCGUUCCCCCUGUUAUCGCCAUGGUGACCACAGUGUGUGCAUGUUACGAUAUACAGCGAAUAUCUUUUGGUGUUCAAGCUUAAGGAGAAUAUACACUUUUGUAGUGUUUUAGUGUUCAAUGUUUUCCAGAAGACAAGACGGCGCGAUCGUAGUUUCUCUCCACGUUAAGUAGCCGAAGGAGCGGAACAGGACAAGUCUUCUCGAGGACGCAAGAAACCACACCACGAGCCCAAAGCUCCAGCUGAUUUAAACAGUUUUUUGGCUCCACCAAAACAUUUAGGACUUAAACUGUCGUUAGUCGUGUGUCUCUGCAUUUUAAACACAUUUUGCCAUUAUGAAUAAAAAAAAGAAUUAAAUUCUGUACAUCAGUUUGAGGUUAAUGCUACACAUUUUGUUUCCAUGUUUAUCUCUGAGAGUUCAGCCCCUGGAUAAAUCACCACUGUUUGUUUCAUCAUGUGAUCUGACCAAAUAUCCAUUUUAUUGCCAUGUUUCUUUCCACUUUGUAAGACGUCGACGUGAGAGAUUUCUGCGAUUCGAUCCAUCCGGUCGAUGUGAGCACAAGUGAAGCCCCGUCUUCUGUUAUUUACCUCUUAUUUUGUAGUAAAUGUAAAUAUUUUAGAGAAAUAAUCUUAUGCUUUUUUUUAUUUUCCUACUUUUGUUGUGAGGAGAAAAAAAAAGUCGUGAGAACACGGGGGUAUUUGUGGAUAAUUAUUAUUAUUAUUUUUGUUUUCUGUUUCAUUUUGUUACAAAUAAACUGGCAACAAACAUG